AAAGCAACUUCGACGGUCGAGUUCCGAAAAUGAUGAGCCCAUCGGUGCGACUUCAGUUUAUAGGUCUGCUCUUGGCGAUCGUGAUUCUGAGAGAGAUUGGGGCACGUGAAGCGAUCACCUCCGUUCCAGAUGUGGGUCAAAUCAUCAAAGAUCUCGAUGGACUGCAUAUCGAUGGAGCUACAAUUGAGCGAGGAGCCCCGUGUCGCGUGGACAUGCAAAAGGACCUGCCCCGUCCGGACCAAGUGCAGCCGCUCUACCUCCGCCCCGGCACGGAACUCUACUGGCUGCCCAAUGCUGAUGGACAGCUGGAGAUUCCCCGCGGCGCCAGCAUCGAGCUGCACUGCAGCCAUUCCUUCGCCGCGUCCUUGGACGCGGAACUGCGCUCGAUUCGCGUGAAGUGUGUGCAGGACACAGCCUUCGAGUGGCAGGGGUCGAAAAUCAAAUUCCGCGAUUUUGUAUGCACUCGCUCCAUUCCCUACACCGUGGAGCGAUUGGACAGGCGUUGCGGGGACGCCACUUCGUCCUUGUAUCGCGUGGGCUAUGACACCGGAGAUGGCCGAUUUGUGGCCACCAUGGAACUGUGCCACGACCCCCAACACCUGCGCACCCACUACGCCCGCCACCAGCUGACACCGGCCAGUGUGCACUUCCAGAAGAACGUGAAACGCCUGAAGUUCAGCGCCGCCGGCCACUUUACGGGCUUUGACAUGGCCAGAAUUUACUCGCACAAGAGCCAGGAGAAACUGGGUGUGGCGCCCGGACUGAUAGACGUGAAGAGUGGCCUCUUCCUGGCCCGAGGGCAUCUGGCAGCCAAGGCGGACCUGAUCUAUGCCAGCCAGCAGAGGAGCAGCUUCAACUACGUGAAUGUGGCCCCCCAGUGGCAGAGCUUCAAUGGCGGUCAGUGGGCCGUCCUGGAGGACUCCACGCGUCGCUAUGUGGCCAGCUCCGGGAUCUCGGCCACCGUGUAUACGGGCACGUAUGGCGAGAUGAAGGUGGCCGGCAGCAAAAGCCUCCACCUGACCACCGAUGGCAAUAAUAAUGGGCUGGUCACCGUUCCCCAGCUCUUCUACCGCGUCCUCGUCGACAAUGGAAGCCCAACCCGCGGAAUCGCUUUGCUGGGCGUCAACAAUCCACAUGCCACACUCGCCCAGAUCCACGAGUCCUAUAUCAUCUGCGAUCCCGUCGAGGACGAGGUGCCAUGGCUGAGCUGGCUACACAAAAGCAACGCCAAGGGUAACCUGAAGAAGGGCUAUCUGUAUGCCUGCUCUGUGGCGGAUUUGGCCCGGGUUGUCCAACAGCUGCCACGCCCCCUUCUACAGGUGGACGAGCUGCUCACUUAGAUGCGGGCGGUAGGUGUUUAGUUUAUAGUUUGCCUGAGUGCAAUAAAGACUGAGUGGAUUGUGUGUCACAAGUUUGCAGUGUUUAAUUGGAAACAGGCUUUCACAUUGAUUAGAAAUUUAUUUUUGUUUUGUUGUAUUUAUUCAAUGGGCAUUUAAUACAAAUUACUCGUACAACAUUAACUUUUCCUAAUAUUUAUCGCCCUUUUAUUUAGUUCAGCUUAAAAUGCGAAAGCAGUUAUGCCAGCUGUUAAAUAUUUUCAUUUUAUUUCUUGUGGAGUUUACUUGUAAGAAGUACUGGCUUUUACAAAAGUUUUCUCAGUGAAUUCAAAAUAAAAUGAAUAGAAUGUUUAAGGAGAAAUUUAAUUAUUAAAUAUAAUGGAAAUAAAUAGGGGAAAAAAGUUAAUUUCUAUUUUAAGUGAACAAAGUCCUUUUGUUGUCUUUAUUCAAAUUUUUGUGAAAUUUUAAAACGUUAUUCUCUUAAUAACUUAAUGCCUUACAAAAGCCUUUAAUUUAGAUCUUCUGUUUCGUAUUUUAUUUAUUUUUUUAAGAUAACCAACUAUCAAAAAACAUAUAAAUAUAAUAUAUAUUAAAUAUCAUGCUUUACAAAAGCCUUUAAUUAAGAUGUUCCGUUUAAUAAAAAAUUAUAUUUUAUUUGUUUUUUAAA